AUGCAAAGUAGACUCUCAUUAUUAAAAUCCCAUAUUCAACAACUGCAUAUUAAUAGGUCAGCAAUUACAAACGAUAAUCUGAAGUUUCUUCUUGACAAUGUUAAUGCAGAUUUUUACGACGUAGCUGCGAAUGAUGUAAUAACAUCAAAUGAAGGUUUAAAACUGGUACAAACGUUCUGUACAGAAGUAAUAAAUAACAAAGUUGUUGAUAAUUUUGCUCGUACUCCAUUCGACGAACAUGAAGUAUGGCUUUUAAUCACUAAUUCACUUGUGAAACUUAUCGAUAAAGCAAGUGAAACAGACAGUGACUUUAACGAUCGAGACUGGCAUAGUUUUCAUGCAAUGGCUUCAUUAUUGGAUUCAUGUCCGUUAAAUACAGAUAAAACUUGUUGUCGUCUCGUUCAAGAAUCAUUUUAUUCACGAAAAAGUUUGGAAACAGUUAGAAAACUAUUUCAAACUUUGGCUUCUUCAAGCGUAAUUCCGCUCAAAUACUCUGUUGCUAAUCAUAUGCUGCGGCAUGCCUAUGCUAAAGACCGUUCAAAGCAGCUAGGACCCUAUUUUUUAGAUACGUUACUACAGUGUAUUCUCUCAAAAAAUUACGCAGAAAGUUUUAAUGAAUCCGAAUCCUGUGCAGUAACUUUCUAUAAAGAACUCUGUCCAUCAUACAUUCUGUCAAAUUCAAGCGAACGUCAAAAUGAAGUUGCAAAACUGCUAUGCCGUCUGUUGUUAAAUAUUCAACACAAGGUCGUCACGAAAGAACCUAUGAUCUCAGUAAUGCUCAGUAAUGCCGCUCGUUGUAAUGCUGAUACUGGUCGAGUUUACUAUUUGGAACUAUUGAACUUUUGUGCAACACUGAAAGAAACACGAGAUGUCUUUGUUGAGCAUAUCUCAAUUGUAGAG